AUGACCCCCACCCCCAAUCUGAUACUAAAGCUUUCCUUGUGUUCAUUAUCUCCAAUUCAUUCUAUUGUGUUUUUGUACAUCAUUGUAUGUUUCAGAUUGUCUUCUCCAUUCUGUGAGCUUCUUGUAAGCAAGGACAAGGACUAUCUUUUGCUUUUCAUUGUCUCCCUGAACUUAGUACAUAGUAUGUAUUUAAUAAAUGCUAAUUGACUAACUGUCUGACUGUCAAGUAAGCCUCAGCUCCAAGUGUUAGGGUGGGUCUGCUGUCCUGUGAUUAGGGGCUCUAAAAGUGAUAAUUCCUCUAACCUACUGUUUAAACCAAUAAGGCUUCAAAGAAGCCAUGGUAUGUUUAAUAAUAGCUUAAUGACCGAGAUUGGGGCUAGAAACUUCUGGUUCCUAUUUGGCCUUGAUGUACAUCCUGGCUGAGGGUGGAGGGAGAGGGGUGUUCACACUAGGACAAAAUUUGACUUUCUUUAAGAAAUGAGAAUCAAACUGAAACAAUUCCUGCCGUUUCCCCAUCACUUUCCUUUAGUUUCUGGUGGCCUUGAAACUAGAAUAUUUCAUUCUAAACCAGCUUUCAGGAAGGGGGUUGAAGCAAUAAAGUCAUUGCUUCCCCAGAAGAUUUAUGCCCAGUUGCCCUGGUUAUCCAUAACUUUUCAUUUUUUAAUUUCUGAAGAAUCAAAACCACUACCUGCUUUUCCCACUUAAUUCUUGCAGUGAAGACAGCACUCCGGGUAGGAUCUUGCUUUGUUACAAUUAGAUCACAUUUACCCUGAACACUUCCAAAAGGAGAGGGAGAUGCAGACAGGUCUCAGCAUUCGGCAAGGGCCUCUUCUUUAGGGAUAGGCAAAAAUUCCAGACCUUGUGGGCCCCGGAGUGAGUGAUUUUGCUCCCCUAACGAAGAAAUCGCUAAGCUCGCUCUCUCCACCUGUUCCAAGGCAAAUGGGAAAAACUGGGAUUCUCUGAACCCCGAUCCAGGGCUCUUUCCACAGCCUCAGCUCCCAUCAUAUGUAGUCUAGAAGAGGAGGUAGUCCCAGAAUACCCCCAGCUCUCCUUCCACAGGGAAGCAAAGGAUCUCAAAGUACAGGAGACCUUUGCGAAAAGGCUGGGAUACGGAGGCUUGCUUCCCUUAACUAACCCUAUCAGGGAUGCAGGAGAAAGCAAAUGAUGAGAGAGACACGUCUUGCCCUCGCACAGUCGCUCACUUGCCUAGAACUCUGUGUGAUUGUGUAAGUGAGGAACCGAUUGGACUCUUCAGUUUUCCUGCGUCUGGUGUCCUAGAGCUCCUUAGAUCCCGAGGUCAGCUCUUGGGGAAGAUGCGGCUUGUAGCAAGCAGUCAGCAAAGUUCUCCCGUGGUGCCCUGGGCUCGGCUGGAAGGCUGUCUUGCCACCGGCGCUGGACAACUAGGCAGAGGAUGGGGGCGGGGAUGGGGCAGGAGGAAAAAGGACCCUCCCGGACCAAGCUUACACUCUAUACUUCCCGCCCCACCUUCUGUACACAGCUCCCGGGUCCACUUAGGACCUGGGUAAAGAUCUUGCGGUCCUUCUCACUCUCCGCCCAUAAACUGAGCUUACCUCGGAAAAUCGGGCGCAGGGUAGCCAGGGCAGGAUGUGUCCGGCCUCAGAGGGGUUAAUCCCCGCGCGGGGCACAGCCACACGUGACGUGGAUAGUUAGUGGAUUAAGUCAGGAGAAACACUACCCCCUCCCCUCCGUCCCCCGCCCCCCCCUCCCCCCCGCGGCGCGCGCCGCUCUCGGGGUCUCCGGGGCCCAGUUCCCAGGUCCCUCCCCCCUUGGCGCGCACAACUCGCUAGGGCAGCGCGAGCCCCAGAGCCGGCCGGCCUGGCAGCCCGUCCCCGCGUAAGUGCACAGGCUCCCCGGCCCCAGGCCCGGGCCCCCAGGAGGCCUGCAUGGAGCCCGAGCGCUGCCUGCCUUAUGGAGCGGGUCCCGGAGCUUACCCAGCGGGGGCCGACAAACCCCCAGGACCCCCGCCUCACCUGCACCCAGCUCCACUGCCCGGGCCCCGAAUUGCUCGCUACGCGACGACCUGCGGAACCCUGGAGCCCUAUUCCCCGGAGGCGGCCAAGCCCCCCGCCAAGUACCUGCAGGAACCCGGGACUGGGCCGACCCUCAACGGCAGGCGCUUUUACGAGGCCCCUGCGGAAGUGGAAGAGAAGGUCUCCAAAGUCACCAGCUUCCCCCCACUGCCUCUAGACUGUCCAGGGGGCCCCUUGGAGGGACCUCCAGAGCUAAGAGGUUCCCCAGCACCCUGCCUGGCCAGGCUUCGGGGACCUCUGAGUCCCCAGCUCACUGACUCAAUGGAACUACCCAAGAGCAAAAACAAAAAACGGAGGAACCGAACCACGUUCAGCACCUUCCAGCUGGAAGAGCUGGAGAAGGUUUUCCAGAAGACCCAUUACCCUGAUGUGUAUGCAAGAGAACAGCUGGCCCUCAGGACCGACCUGACUGAGGCCCGGGUACAGGUCUGGUUCCAGAACCGAAGAGCUAAAUGGAGGAAACGGGAGAGAUAUGGGAAGAUCCAGGAGGUGAGGAACCCCUUCACAGCCACCUAUGACAUUUCAGUGCUACCCCGGACAGACAGCUAUCCCCAGCUGCAGAGCAACCUGUGGCCCAGUCCAGGCUCCGGGAGCCCCGGAGGCCCCUGUCUGAUGCCCCCAGAGGGGAUUCCCUCCCCGUGCACGUCACCGUACUCCCAUUCCCACAGCAAUGUGGCUGGUUUUAUGGGCGUGCCAGCUUCCCCAGGACCUCCUCCGGGCAUCUAUUCCAUCCACGGAUUCUCCCCGGCUCUGGGGGGCCACAGCUUUGAGACAGCCCCUGAUGGUGACUACAAGUCUCCCAGCCUGGUCUCACUGAGGAUGAAGCCCAAAGAGCCGCCAACCCUCCUCAACUGGACCACGUGAUUGAGUCACCCCAAUUCUGGACUGCCUCCUCCUGGACUGCCCUAAAGAUCUUCCUCGUCAGAUGCAGCCAGUCCUUAUUCUUAAUCUACCCCCCCCCCAAGUCCCAUAUACAGGAGAGGGAUCAUUUCUGCCUCUAUUAAUUUUUAGACACCAGAGAGGGCACAUCCUCUACCCCUCAUCUGCCACUCUCACCCACCCUACCCCUCACACAGAGGUCCAAAGCAGCUGUGCCCACCCCAAGUCCAGCAAUGGACUGGAAUUGCCUUCCUUCCUUCCUUUCCUUUCCCUCUUAUCCUCCCUUCUUUUUUCUCCUUCCAUUCUUCUUCCUUCAUUCCU